AUGAAUGCGACCCUCAAAGACCCCCGCAACCGAAUGCGCCGGGUUUCAAUCCUGUCAUGGCAAAAGUCAAUGUUUGCCCCCCACACCGGGAACACGUCCGAGGGGCACCCGAGUCAAAGCACGAGCUCAAUGCCCAAACAGGUAAUCGAACCAAUGCCAUUUCAAGAUCCUCGGUCUUUCCUAUGA